GACGUCAAGGCGGUCUGUGCUUUGACCCGUUGGAUCAUUUGUAGCAAAGAGAGGCGGCACACCGGAAAGCUAACGGGUAGCAGAACUCCAUCGGAAAUAGAAGCCUGAGUUUGAAAUCUGUGUGGCAUAUCGACCUGUACAUUCAGUCUCCAGAACAUUAAUAGGUGCCUGCGUAGGGACUUCCGCGGCAACGAGGCCUUGAAAACACCUGCAGAAGCGAGCGAAAGGAGCGUUUUGGUCCCGUCAAGUGGGCUAACAAGCUAACUUGGGCCCUAGCUGCUGCUAGCAGUGGAGCUCACUUCCCGCAAGCAAAAGCAAAACAAGCAGUGAGUAAACAGACCUGGUAUCUAAGCGCAGAGAGGAGCUAACUAGCCGCGGAGACUGCAGCGACAGACGGGUCGCACUUGAGCUCAGAUCCCGCUCAGAAAGUAAACACUAGCUGCAGAUGGAGAACUAACUAGAGUUCCUCACCCAUCAGCGUCUUCUGCUACAGAGUCGCUGCCUUGUUUACAGUAAAGCUGUGAGGACACGGAGGCUCAGCUGGUACUCGAUUCGUGCAGACUCACCAUUAAAUUGAAUGAGUGAUGAACUCUGUGGUGGUGUCAGAUGGAGGAGGAAACAUAGUGGAGUAUGUCACUGUGGUUGAAGAGUCUCAGCAGCAGGCUGCUGAGGAGGACGAGGAGGUGGUGCAGCAGGAUGGAGAGGCUGUGAUCAUGGUGGAGGAGGAGGAGGAGGAAGGGGUGAUCCUGCAAGAAGAGGAGGGAUCUCCGGCCGUCAUCGUGGAGGAGGUGCCCAGCGCCCAGGUGGAGGAGUGCUACUCGGCCCAGGUCCUGGUGUACGACGACGGGACAUACCUGAUGCAGGACGUGGCUGAGGAACAGGAGGUGGUGACGGAGGUGGCCGAGUCCGUGGAGAUGUCAGGCCAUGACAUGGUGUGCUUUGACAAAACCUUUGAGGCAGCUGAAGCUCUGCUGCACAUGGAAUCACCUGGAGGCCUUCACAAUGACCGCAGCACAGCAGAGGAUGUGAUGAUGGAGACUGUGGUGGAGGUUUCUACUGAGUGUGGGCCCAUCGAGGAGGACUCCUUCCCCAUCCCUCCUGACUGUGAGCCUGCAGCCAAGAAGAAGAGAGGAGGUGGACGUAAACCCAAAACGCAGCAGCCUGCCUCCAACGGCUCCUAUGACCUGGGGAUCAAGAAGAGGCCGAGGGAAGGAAAAGGAAACACCACAUAUCUGUGGGAGUUCCUGCUGGAGCUGCUGCAGGAUAAAAACACCUGUCCCAGGUACAUCAAGUGGAUGCAGAGAGACAAAGGCAUCUUCAAGCUGGUGGACUCCAAGGCCGUGUCCAGGCUGUGGGGGAAGCACAAGAACAAGCCCGACAUGAACUAUGAGACCAUGGGUCGCGCCCUGAGGUAUUACUACCAGCGAGGGAUCCUCGCAAAGGUCGAGGGUCAGCGACUUGCUUACCAGUUUAAAGAAAUGCCCAAAAACAUCCGUGUGAUCGACGACGACGAGGGAGGCAUGGACAUAAAGAUGGAGGACAGCGAUGUCAUUGUGUCCGGCCAGCUCCCGGUUCACCAGCAGAGCCCUGCCAGCCUAAGCACCCCUGUUAGCACCCAGCCCCAGCAGACCUACGUCACAGUUAUCCCCAGCAACGCCUCCACCAGGCCCCUCCGAGCCAUGCCACUGGUCAUGACCAACUCUCUAGGCCAGGUGACGCUAAACUCCUCCCCCAUCCUCACCACCACAGGCGUCCCAGUGACCGUAGCGAAGGCCUCCACCAGCGCUCCGCCCAAGCUGGUGAUCCAGGCGCUGCCCACCAUGCUGCCCGCCGGCUCCAAGGCCGGAGAAAAGAUCACCAUCAUCACCAUCCCAGCCAACCAGCUGGCCACGCUAAUGCAGACUAACCCCCCAGGCCAGGUGGCUCAGAUCAUCCAGGCCAAGCCGGUGGCCACCCAGCUGACUCCAGCCGCCAUCAAGCCGGCCGGCAUCCAGCUGGCGCCCGGCCGGACCGCGCCGCAGCUCAUCCUGGCCAAACCGGCCGCAGUCGCCCAGGCUCUGCCGCAGCUCUCGGUGCAGGUGGGCCAGCCUCGCCCUGCACCCCCCACCACCCUCACACAGCUGCACCCCCACCCCCAAGCAGCACAAUCAGAGGGGGCGGAGCCUCCACCCCUCUCCAGCCCAGCAGCAGCAGAGGCAUCGUCCUGAAAACCUGACCUGAGCUUGGGGGGGGGGGGGGCAAUGGAGUGGGGGUACUGCAGGAAGUGACUGUAGACUCUGCUCAGGAAAUGAAGGACACGUCCUCUCUCUACACCUUCAGAUGAGAGCUGCUUUAUGAUUGGCUGUCGUCACAGCGCUCCCCCUAGAGGAUCAAAGGGACGAUUGUGUACACACACACACACACACACACCCUAAGUUCCCUCAGUGCUCAAACAACAUGAGCAGCCUUAGAUUGUAAAUGAAAAUCUGUCUUUUUGUUAUCAGCCCUGAUAUAAAGACUUUGUGGUGUAAAAACAUUUUUGAUACUCAGCAGCUUAAAUGUGGAAUCAGACGUUGGUUCAGUCUCCAGACAUCCCUCUGAGUCCCACACACACACACGGCCCUUCUGGGUCCCUCUGGGUCACACACACAAACACACACAGCCCUUCUGGGUCCCUCUGGGUCACACACACACACACACAAACACACACACACAGCCCCUCUGCUUCAGCUGCUUGACUUCAGAGUGAAGAGCAGAGAACACUAUGCAAAGCCUGAAGAGAGGUUUAUCUCACUCUGAGCAGAGACCAAACUGAAAAAAUAAAUAAAAUCAUCUGACUCUGCCCCCUGCUGGCCAUAAACACAGGUUAGUGGGACUUAUCUCUUUAUUGUCCAGUCAGAGGCUACAUCAGCUUCUGCAGUCCAUGGUUUUUUCUCAGCGCUGUCGGUCUCUCUGCUUCUCUUUUUUUACUCUUCCUUAAAAGGGAUCGAUAGGAUGUCUGCAUCCAUGUCAGUGAACUAAGUAAGCCCUGCAUUUGAAGCAUAAUAUACAAUUUUUUUUCUUGUACUAUCAGUGUAUUGAAGUAGAUUUUACUGAAAUAUGUAUUAUAAAAAAUACAAAUGUGAAAGAAAACAGUGUGCCUUUUUUAUUCAGGUGUGUAGAAAUGACUUCUCAGCCUUUAGUUCUGAGAAAUGAAAAGAUGGAGCAUCUUUACCAGUGGCUGUACGUCAUGUCAGUAACGUAGAAUAUAAUUUAUCCCUUUUACAACCACAAGUGUUGCUUAAUGUUGCAGAUUUUCAGAAUUUGUUUGAAAGUAUUUUUUAAUUUUUUUGCCUUUUUACAAACCUACAUGCUGUAGGUGUAACAUUCAGUAGAUGACAAGAACAUAUAGUUUUCUUUGCACAAUCAGGGUUUCCCCAGAAGAUGGCGCCACUGGUAAUAGUCUAUUCCAGGAUGACCAAGUCCAGCCCCUCCUGUCCUGGGACUUUGAGAUGCUUCCUCACUCCAGCAGCUGAAGCAGUUUAUCUGAUUCAGGUGUUUUGGAGAAGGGAUGCACUAUACAGUUCAGGCUCUACUGCCUUGCAGCAAAAAGGUCCUGGGUUUGAAUCCCAGCCAGGGCCAUGGAGCUUGCAUGUUCUUGUGCAUGCAUGGGUUCUCUCCAGGUACUCUGGCUCCUUCCAACAGUUCAGACACAUGCAUGGUCAGGUAAAUUCCAGCUGUGUGUUGGCUUUAGAUCGUUCCUCUUUAGGUUCAAAAAUUAUAACUUCAGCUUUGUUUCUGUUUAGUUAUGGCACAUCCAGACAUGUAUCUGUUCUAAGCAUCUGGUCAGUGCUUGGAUGGGUUCAGUCACUUGGUGACAUCGUAAUGUAGAGAGCAUGUGACUUCUGUCUGCUUUGAUGAGAAGUUAUUUAUUGAAACAAAGAAAUCAAAUAAAGGGAAAAGCCAAAAGAA